GUAUGCUCCCUGGUAUUGAAUAUAGUAAGGAACAACAACUCAAUCAUUUGGAUGCAUUGAAAACCCAGCUGAGAUUGAAACAGGAGCUACUACAAAAAUACCACUAUAUGUACCCAUUCGACAUUCAGAAAUCUUGAAAAGCAUGGUUUUUCGUUUCUUGAUUCGAAUUUUGGCUAAUAAUGAGCAGCUAGUUCAGAAAUUGAGCGAAUCCUAUCCAAUGCGUAGAGCUGCCCAGGUAGUGGUACGAGUGAUGUUUUCUAGUAAAAAUUUGAUAGAAGAACACAGAUUACGUGAAAAAUUAUCUCCUGAACAAUUUAGAGCAUUGAUGAGUGAAGUGGCGGCUAACUUUCAAAAUCAGUUGAAGCAGGCACAAGAAAACAUAAAGAGAAAAAUGAAGUAACAUAAAUCAAAAUUGAAAAUAGACUUUUUGUAAAUAUGAGGUCCUCAGUUCAUUUCAUUGUGUCACAUGGAAGAGAUAAGGUGCCAAAUAAUUUAUUGGAUUUAUUUAUCGUUUCUCCUAAGGAUAUUCUUCUCAGAAUAUUUGAAUCUUUUGUACCACCUGUUAGUAGAUAUAAACGAGUUUAUGUUGA